CCGGCCGCUGACUGGCUGGGCUUGUCAACGACUCCUGAGGGGCGGGCGGAGCCCGGGCGCCUUUGUUAAGCCGGCAGGGCGCGGCCGCUGGGACUCUGGCUGCGGGCGUCCCUGAGCUGCGCCUGGCCUCCGGUUGCGGGUCGAGAUGUCCUACAUCCCGGGCCAGCCGGUCACCGCCGUGGUGCAAAGAGUUGAAAUUCACAAGCUGCGUCAAGGUGAGAACUUAAUACUGGGCUUCAGCAUUGGAGGUGGAAUUGACCAGGAUCCCUCCCAGAAUCCCUUCUCAGAAGAUAAAACAGACAAGGGCAUUUAUGUCACACGAGUAUCUGAAGGAGGCCCUGCUGAAAUUGCUGGGCUGCAGAUUGGAGACAAGAUUAUGCAGGUGAAUGGCUGGGACAUGACCAUGGUCACACACGACCAAGCCCGGAAGCGGCUCACCAAGCGCUCGGAGGAGGUGGUGCGCCUGCUAGUGACCCGACAGUCGCUGCAGAAGGCAGUGCAGCAGUCCAUGCUGUCCUAGCAGCCCGCUGUGGUCCCUGCCUCGUGCCUGCCUGCCUACAGUGACACCACUUCCAUGCUCUGUCUGCCCCUCAUCCUGGCUUCUGCUGCAUGCUGGGCCCCAGCUCCAAAGGGCCAGAGCUGGUCCCAGAGGCCUGUCCCUGGGGCCUGACCCAGCCUUCCUUCCCCACCUCCCACUGGCCUGAAGCUCUGGGACCAGCUCUCAUCCUCAGACACUGAGAAUUUAAAAUAAGGGCCUGGAGUUGAAUUGUAGUCAAUCUGCAGCGACCAUAGGCUUGGCCCCCAGACCCUGCUGCAUGGCCUUAGCAGUGCCCAAAUGGGCAGGAGGUCCCCCACAAAGCUGGAGAAUGCCAGGUGGGGCCGGGCUUUCCUACAGAGGCCUGGCUGCAGGGCUCGGCCAUGCCUCUGUGUCUCAACUCUGCAGCGACUUGUACCCUGUUUUUCCCUUCCUUCCCCAGGAGGGGCUUGACACACUGCCUGAAUGGAAGCCAGACAGGCUUAUGGUUCACCCCCUCACACCCCCACUUCCCUGAGGGACACUAGCCUCCCCAGGGUUCACCUGUGUACAAGAUUUAGAUGAAGCUCAAGGCUGACAUUUCAGGGCAGUUCUCAGGAUUGCCAUUUCCUUCUAUGCCUAUGGGUUUAACUUUAUAUUUUUUAAAUCACAACUUUGAUACAAAAGCAUUUUUACCUAUUUGGAGAUGCCAAUCUUACUUUUGAAUUUAGCUUACUAACUUGUAUCUGGGAACAACAUGUGUUACUUUGGUUCCUAUGGAAAUGGGGCAGUGUGAAAUUACCCCAUACCUGACAUCUUGGGUCCAAAUAAACAGUGUUGGAAUUCACAA